AUGCCGCUCUCCAAUCGUCGGCGUGCGCGCCGAAAGGAACAGCAGUUGCAGGAAACCUCCGAUGCUGAGGCACCAGACUCGUCGCCUAGUCGCCCAUCUGCAAAGAAGCGCAAGGUUGAACGUCGCACCUCACCUACUCGGACUAUUAUCAAAGCGGCACCAGAAUCCGACGAUGACGAGGAGUCAGCCGGCGAACAUGAUCAGUCAACACAUCAAGAUACGGUGGAUUUGGUGAUUUCAUACCUCAAUAUCCCGCGCGAAGAACUGCGCGUCACGCGCGACCACUCGAACAGCAAGACCGAGAACGAACAGAGUAUCCAAGCAUAUGCGAAAAUCGCCGGCCGCGACUGGACCUAUUACGUCAAGUCGCUCCAUGUCAACAUCGGUCGCGAACCAGACCGCGAGCAGCGCUCCGUUGAGCAGUCCAGUCCGGUGACCAUUGCCGCCCGAUCGCUUCCAGAUGUCGAUGUGGAUUUAGGUCCGAGCAAGUUUGUUUCUCGACUGCAUGCAGAAAUCUUCUAUGAUGGGACACAGGCACCAGCCUGGCACAUCCGUGUGAACGGGCGCAAUGGAGUUCGUCUGAACAACACAAUUAUCAAGCGAGGUGUCGAUGCGAUUCUGUCUUGUGGAGAUAUUAUUGAGAUCGCCAAUUCUCAGAUGAUGUUUGUCACUCCCGGUGACGUCCCUAAUAUCCACCCUAGCUUUGUUGAGCGCGCUCAGCGCAUCGCCAAUGGUCAAGAGCCGGACCCAACUUCCGUGGCUUGGGAUGCGUCGCACCAUGCUCACCCACAAGCCUCGCAAGCUACAGAGUCGGCGCGGCCUUCUUCCUCUGGUGGUCCCUCGUUGGCGCCAGCUCCGAGCUUCUUGAAGCGCACUGUCACGCCGCCUCCUCGAUCGCCGGAUACUACAGUUGGCGCGCGCACGGCGAAGCAGUCUCCGCUUUACAACCGGGGUAUGAUGAUGGAAAGCACAGAGGAAAUCGACUAUAGCCAAGAUUCAUCCAAGGAUCUGAAGCCGCCUUAUAGCUACGCCACAUUGAUUGCGCAGGCCAUUUUCUCUAGUGAGGAGGAGAAACUUACUCUGAACAGUAUUUACAACUGGAUCAUGGACCGCUAUGCUUUCUAUCGACACUCGCAGAGCGGUUGGCAAAACUCAAUUCGACACAACCUUUCUCUGAACAAGGCUUUCCAGAAGGUGCCCCGUCGCACUGAUGAACCGGGCAAGGGAAUGAAGUGGCAGAUUGCUGUGGAGUAUCGUGAGGAAUACCGCAAGAAACAGAUGCGAAAGGGAAAUCAGUCUUCAGCUCCAUCAUCUCCGGCAACCAAGGAGCCGCCAUCUUCGGUGACUCGUGAUCGCCAUGUCGCCUCGAUCAAUACAUCCUUUCCCGUGACCUCUAAGAAAUCACCACCAGUCUCUUCCCCGGGCUUCAGUUCGUUUCCCGUUGCACCCGUAGAGGCCUUUACCCCAGAGCGUGGCUCGCGCGCUGGUCGCGGCGUUGGCUCCGACCACCCACUUCGACAUAUGAACCCGCGCACAUACGAGGAACCAUCUCCGCUCCCAGCCCGUACCCGCAACAGUGCCAGUUCCACCCAGGCACAGAAUGGCAGUAGCAACAAUCUCAGCCACGCCUACGGACUAUCGGAUAAUGUUGCCGGGUCCCCACCAGUGCUUUCCUCCUCUUAUUACGACGAUGGCCCUUCAUCAAUGAUUACCCCCGCUCCUCAACGCCAACAGCCCCGUCUGCCACCUCCCAGCACAGCUCAGAUCCCAUCAAAGUUUAUGCCCAUGAGCUCCCCGGCCCAGUUCUGGAAAUUUGCCGAUAUUGGCAGUACCCCGGCGCGCCCGGUGCCAGAUUUGAGUCCAAUUAAGGGUGAGCCUGAUGAGCGGAUUAUCGGCGGUUUCCCGAGUAGUAGUCCGCCACCGCCGAACUUGGUUAGCCCUAGCAAACCGGGAACCUCCAACGGUCUUCCUUCCAGCAGGACUUUACCUCCGCUACAAUCUGAUGGCGGGGAUAUCGGUCCGAGCAGCUCGCGAAAGGAGGAAGAGGAGGAGGAAGAAGAUGGUGGUGGCUUUGACCUUGCUCGUGGUUUCCAACCCAUUGGCUCGUACCAUCGACAGCUGAGCAAUGCUGCUCGUGCGACAGCUACCUAG